GCUAUUUCACUGAUUGCCAAUGACAUCUUUAUGCUAGACAAGGCGCAAUGCACUUAUGACAAACUGAAGUCAAUGAAAAAUAGAAUGUUGCUCUAUGAUAUCUAAAAUAAUACUGAAUUGAAAUUAAUCAAACUGGAGUACUUCUCAGUAAUAUUGAGAUAAGCAUUCUUUAAAAUGAAGUUAGAUGUACAGUACAUAAAAUAAUUUAUGAUGUUGACUAUCUGAGGUAUUAACUGUUGCAUAGAAUCAGUGUGAACAUGGCUGGUGAAGCACACUUUGGUAACGGUACUAAACUUACAGUCCUAGAGACUGGUGUUAACAUCACACAACCAGUGGUAAAAAUUGUAAAUGAGACGAGCUGUAAGGAUAAGGUCACUCUUGUGUGUUUGGCUGAAGACUUCUACCCAGACCAUGUGAGCAUAAAAUGGACACUUGGAAGCAGAGAAAUAACGGAGGAUGUAGCGACAGACCCUUAUGCCACCCAAAGCGAUACAACAAGAAAGUUCCGCAUAUCCAGCAGACUUAAAGUCCCUAAAAAAGAAUUCACACCAAAAAUCAUGUUCACAUGUACAGUGACCUUCAUCAAUGAAAAAGAAGAAAACAUCACCGAAUCCGCUCAUAUCACUGGAACUGGAGAGGCUGGAUAUGAACCAGAAGACUAUUUAAAAUCAUCGCAGACGAUAUCGCUGGCAUACGGUGUGUUCAUUGCUAAGAGUGCGCUGUAUGGCCUUGUCAUCUUAGUGUUUGUGUGCAGAAGGGGUUCAUCUGGAAAGCGAAUCAACUGAACAUAUCUGGAUUGAUGAAGUUACCAAGAAAACUCCAUUUACUCCAACCAGAAGAGAUGCUGUUUAUAUAACUGUUUAUAUUUUAUUUCUCUCCUUCUGUUCUUUUGAGUGUUUAUCCCAAUGAAAGCUUGCAGGUACUUCAGAUCAGAUUAAUCAUAAAAUCUACUUUUCUUUUUUUUUUUGUUAAAAUAUAUAUAUAUGUUUUUUUUUUUUGCUUUUGCUUGUUUCCUUGCUACUGUGUUUAGUGUUAAUUUGAUAGAAUUCUAAAAGAGACUUCACAGAGGUGAAUAUAAUACAUUAUUUUUUUCACAAUAAGAGCUACUGUAUUUUCUGUUUAAUUACAUUUGCUUUGCACAUAAAAAAAUAAAAUCUAUAACACAUUAUCCGCAAAGAAAAUUCUCAUUUAUUU